AUGACUGAAUCAAAAAUUCCUUCCGGAUGCCCCAUGCACAAAAAAGAGAAAAGUACCAACAAUUCAACAAAUAAUAAUGACGAUAAAUCAUCACAUAAUAAUACUUCAAACAAUUGUAAUAAGACUUGUCCAGUAGUUCAUUCUGGGGAUGCCACCAUAUCACCAGAUAAUCAAAUGCCAAAUCUUAGUCAACAACCAAUGCCAGGUCAAAAGUUGUCACUUCCAACAUCUCGAGUGAUUUCUUCAAUUCCCAAAGUUAGUAGUAUGGAAAAUUGGGAAUAUCCUUCCCCACAACAAUUUUAUAAUGCAUUAGUUAGAAAAGGAUGGGAAACUCCUGAAGAAACUAGAAUUCUUCAAUGGACCGGAAAAAUAUUUCCAUCAUUAAGUACACCAUUACCUUUUGAUCGUCAUGAUUGGACAAUUGAUAGAUGUGGUAAAGAAAUACGAUAUGUAAUUGAUUAUUAUUCAGGUCCGGAUGAAGGAGAUAAUCCGGUAUUUUAUAUGGAUGUAAGACCAGCUUUAGAUUCAGUUGAAAGUAUAACUGAUCGAAUUAGAGUUUCAACAAAAAAAGCUUUUGAACAAUUUAGGGAAAGGGUAAAAGCAAGUGUUUCAGAGACGGGUAGUAAUCGUUCCUGA